AUGAGCACAACCACACGCACACCACGCACGAUGAACUGCGUCCUGCGUAUCCCUGCACGCAGCAUCACUGAAAACACAUACUCCCCAGUCUUCAAUGAAUACACCCUUGACCGUGCCCCUGAGCUGUACCCCCUGACCACGCCCCCCUUCAACGCGUCGUCUGGCCUGGGCAAUUUCAGCGUGCUGCCAAACGAGAUAAUCGACUACAUCUUCGAGUACAUGGACUUGGCCUCGCUGAUGAACUUUCGUCUCAUCAACGACCAGACCUUUGCCGCCGUCGAGGAGCUGCCUUGCUUCAAAACUCUCUGCGAGCAUGCCCCCCAGACUAUUCGUGGUAUCAUGAGCAUCGGCACCGGCCAGUGGACCACUUGUCCCGAGCUGCUGACCAGUAUCUGCAAUGCAUACUGCGAGAAAUGCGGCGAUUUCGCUGGCUACCUCUACGUGCUGGGCCCCGUGCAACGCGUCUGCUUUUACUGCUUCACCACCUCCCUAGCUUUCUGCCCGAUAAGUCCCUGCGAGGCAAACGAUUACUUUGGCCUACCCGUCGAGUACCAGACCGAUGAAAUCCCCAAGAUGCGUAGCAUCCCGGGCUUGUAUGCUGAAGAGCACUACAUCACCGACCUCAGCGCCUGCAAACCGCUCAACGACACCAGACCCAUCCCCUGCCGCGACAAUCUGACUCUGCUCGAUCAGCCAUCUGCACGCAAGGCAGCCAAUGACCGUCAGUCCGACGUGCAGGAGCGCCAGAGACGAUCUCGCAUGAUGUGGCGCAACCAUUCUCGCAACUGCCGUCAUAUCAUCCUCAACGAGGACCACCGCGUCCACAACGUCAAGCGCUGGAUGGCCGUCAUCAAGGUCCCGCACUUGAUCAAGAAGGAGAAACGCAUGGAUGAGGGCUUUUGCUGCCGCGGCUGUAACAAUAUGGCCAGCAAGGAAGGCUAUUGGCGCCGCAAGUUCAAUGCCGAAAAAUGGGAACAGCAUAUCAAUGAAUACGGCGAGCUUCGCGAGGGAAAGCACGUGGUGCCUAAGGAGGAGGGACAGGAACAGGAACAGGAGGGACAGGAGGAAGAGGGGGAUGCCGAUGAUGAACUGGAUUUGGCCGCCCAGGCACGCACUCUGGCCACAACACCAGCAACCCUCGACGCCCUGUCGCGCAUCACCCACCACGCCGCCUCUCGCGGCGUCAACGUGCUUCUCUUCCCCGAAGCAUACCUGGGCGGAUACCCUCGCACCUGCGAUUUUGGCUCUGCAGUGGGAUACCGCAAACCUGAGGGCAGAGAUCAAUUUCUCAAAUACUUCAACUCCGCUGUCGACCUGGGCGACACGCCCAACGGUGCGGGCGACGACUGGGUUGAUCGCACCCUGCCCACGGCAAAGGGCAAGGACAGGCGAGGCGAUGGAACGCGCGAGGUUCUUGAGAAGGUCGCUGCUGCGACGGGAGUUUUUAUCGCUGUUGGUCUGAUUGAAAGGGCUGGCGGUAGUUUGUACUGUGCUGUGGUGUAUGUUGAUCCGAAACGGGGUGUGUUGGGGAAGAGACGAAAGGUCAUGCCAACAGCUUCAGAACGCCUGAUCUGGGCACAAGGCUCGCCCUCGACUCUCAAAGCCGUCACCACCGAAAUCAACGGCGUGGGCCUGACCAUCGGCGCCGCCAUCUGCUGGGAAAACUACAUGCCACUGCUUCGCCAAAGCCUGUACUCGCAAAACGUCAACCUGUAUCUCGCGCCCACCGCCGACGCACGCGAUACCUGGCUGCCACUGAUGCGCACAGUAGCCUGCGAGGGGCGCGCAGUCGUGCUGUCUGCAAACCAGUGCGUGCGAGAAAGCGAAUUGCCGGAUUGGAUCAGCAAGCCCGAUACAAACAUACUGCCGGAGAGCUCGACGGCAAGAAAACAGUCGAUCACGACGACCGAGGGCCCGCAUGAGAUUGUGUGGCCGCAGUCACCUGGUUCGCAGCUUCAUCCGGAUAAACCGCGGGAUCAGAUACAUUCGAGCGUGGCCGUUGAUGACGACGUUCCUGUGAGCCAAUUGGACCAGAACCAGGCAAGAAUCAACGCUAAAAGUGAACUACAAACGUCAGACCCCUACGUCUCCCACGGCGGCUCAUGCAUCAUCGGCCCCCUUGGCGAAAUCAUCGGCGGUCCCAUCUGGGACGUGUGUACAGAAGACGCCGCCGCAGACCCAUCCAUAGACGAAUACGCCGUGGGUUCUGGCCUCGUCGUGGCCGAAGUCGACUUUGAGGACUGCGAGCGAGGCCGACUGGACCUGGACGUGGCGGGUAGUUAUUCACGCAGCGACGCGUUUAAGCUUACUGUCGAGGGGCUGGAUUUGAAUCCGCCGCCUCUAUAG